ACAACCUUGUCCUGUACAAACCACUAACCGAAAAACAGGGCACCAGCGAGACACCCUGUCACCAUCCGAAGUCCACGAGAACAACGAGGCAAGCCUAAACAGAAAUCGAUUUCCAGUCUCGCAGCAGACGAUAUCUGAGCGCGCGUGCCACUCUGGGUAGCGAGAAGUGGUGGACUAGGCAGGCGUUCGCCACGCGACAAUUCGAAGAUCGAUCACAAUCAACAGCGGGACGACUGAGGACUCGCGACACCCAGACAAGGGCCGGAUUCAUUUACUUAAGGAGCACUGCGUUGGAGCAAGUGCGACCACAGGUGUGAUACAUCGGCAUUUUCUUUCCUGGUCCCAGCUCCCAGCUCCCAUCCAUUUUUUCGACAAGUAUCAGGUGAAGCCUGCCAACGAGUUUCACCAUGUCGAACAACGCCGUCGGUGUGGUCUACGAACAGAUCAUCAACGAGGUCAUCAGCUCCUCGCGCGUCGAUUUCGAGGAGGGCGGGGUUGACGAAAGCGUCCUCGAGGAAUUAAAGAAGGGAUGGCAGGAAAAGCUUUCUCAACUCGAGGUCGCCAGCUUUUCUUGGGACCCGAAGGAAGCGCCAGCUCUGGUUGCACCGCCCCCGACAACUGCGGCCCCGCCGCCUGCGGCUCCAUACUCCCAGGCUCAGCUGAGUCCUCAGAUUCCGGGACCUGGCUUAUCUCUGCCUGGUGCCCCCCUUGCCGAUCAUGCUAGAAAUGCACCAGUUAAGGAGGAACCUUACAUCAAGCAAGAGCCCGGCGUGCAGAACGUAUCUAUGCCCCCGGCUCAACAGGAGGGAGCUGGGAUUGCUGCUUACCGUGCAGCUCAACAUGUCCGAGGUCAAUUCGGUGAGAAAGGCGCCGGCUCCAUCAAUGCCAUUCAAGCCUCGGCGACCAGCAGGCCUGCUGGCCAGCCUGCCCUUCCCCAGAUGCCUAGCCAGCCUGCGCCACAGCAGCAACAGUACCGCCCAGGCGCGCCUCAGCAAGGUCAGCCGCAACAACAACAACAACAACAACAACAACAACAGCGUCCCCCUAGCAACGGUCAGCCAGGUGUGAACCCUUCGCAGACCGAUGGAACCGGUGACGAAUUCGACUUCGAGGGUGUUCUGCUCCAGCGCGAUGCUGACGGCAACCAACGCGAGCUUGGGCGUGUCGACAUUGACCGUAUGAUCCAUGCGCGGAUUGCUGCGAACGCCAAGAGCAUGGAGGGUGGUGGACUGAUGCUCCCCCUCAAGGAGGCUACCAGACAUAAGUCCGCCGCCUUGCGCUCCAAGGGAAAGGAGCACGGUAUUGCUUCUUACGACGGCUAUGAUGACGAUGAAGUUGACGAAGAUGCGAUCAAUUCGGAUCUUGACGAUCCCGAUGAAGACAAGGACGAGGACGAAGUCGACGACGAGGGUCUUGGCCACAUCAUGCUCUGCAUGUACGACAAGGUUCAGCGUGUGAAGAACAAGUGGAAGUGUAUCCUGAAGGAUGGCGUCCUUACCGUCAACGGCAAGGAGUACGUCUUCCACAAAGCCACUGGCGAGUACGAGUGGUAAAGCCUUCAGUAUCAACAUGCCGACUUUUGCCCUCGAAGGCAUGAGGACAACGUUGACAUUCCACUCAUGGGGCAUAUCAACCUCGAGCUUGGUUUCGUCCGAAACUGCAGUAUUAUAGACCGGCAAUAAGAGUUUGGGAAAUUGUCCACCCAGAGCCUCAUUCUUUGGUCUCGGACGGCCACUAGAACCCGUCGACAGUAGUGCCCUCUUUCGUUCUCUUUCAUUCUCUCUUUCAUUCUUUCCCGCUCUCUCACCCUGUCUCUCUCUCUCUCUCUCUCUCUCUCUCCGUGUGUGUUUUCUUUUUCGCGAAGGAACGAAAUUGGAUCACGCAAGCAGAUCUUUCUACUCCCCUCAACCUGAGUGCGACUUCAUAUC